CAACAUGGCACAACUGUAUUUUCUUUUUCUGGAAGGAUAGAGAAUAAAUGCCAGAAGCAGCUGCAGUUUUCAAAGGAUGUCACAGCCCUGGCAUAUUCCCAAGAUGCCUACCUGAAGGGUAACGAAGCCUACAGUGGCAACGCCCGCAAUAUACCUGAACCACCACCAAUAUGUUAUCCCCGGCUAACAUCCGCAGCUUCUGGCAUGGCACAACCUGUUGAGAAAGCACCUUUCGACUCUUCACUGGGAAAGCAGCAAACUAGUAGACCUGUUUGGGCAUCAGCACAACCAGACAAGGCCUACAGAAUGGAAAUACAAGUGCCUCCAUCCCCAACAGAUAUUGCAAAAUCCAACACAGCUGUCUGUGUUUGCAAUGAGACUGUACGAACUGUUGUUGUGCCUUCUGAGAAGGCUGUAGACUUGCCAUCCUGUAGAACAAAUCACACCAGUCCACCGCUUCGAACAGAGGAAGUCAGAUACAGUUUCAAGGAACCAACCAAUUUAAAGACGAAGGCACGAACCACAUCACCCCCCGCUUCAAUGUCUACUGCCAUCGUACUUCCUCAAACUCCCCUUACAAGGCCAGUAGAUGCCACUGGACUGGCUGGCAGAUCUGGAAGCUGUGGAGGGCAUCCAGAAGGAAUCUCUGAUUCUAGAUCUCCUCAACUUACAGGUGUUCCCUCUGUGACCUCCAAUCACAAUAAUUCUUCAAAUGCCCACCAACCCAUAGACUGGAAAAACUACAAAACCUAUAAAGAAUACAUUGACAACCGACGUUUGCACAUGUACGGUUGCCGAACCAUACAGGAAAGGUUAGACAGCUUAAGAGCAGCAUCUCAGAAUACAAUAGAUUAUAACCAAGUGGUACCAAAUCGCACCGGCUCACAGGUACGACGAAGGAGCAGCUCUCACGAUAGGGCUCUGCAGUCAGUUCAGAUUCGGCAAAGGAGUACGUCCCAGGAAAAACUUGAGGAUCCUGUCUUGAGAGAUUGGCCAAGGAGUGCCUCACAGGACGCUCUGACCUCACCAAAUAUCAGCUCCCGAAAUCACAGGGCCCGGUCCUGGGACUUCCUAGGCAAGCAGGGCGAACAAUUAGAACACUUCCACGCAGAAAACCUGGUUGUCGAUUUCAACAGGGGAAGAAAGAAGAGCAACAGAUGGCCUGGAUUGACCGAACCUGAUGACCACCGAGGUUUUUAUGAGAGAUCUAGGCCUCAGGCAUUUCAUAUGUCCUUUCGUGGUUCGCCUUUCCCAGUUGUUCCGGGAUUUUAUAGUCCAGACAGGAGGAGAAUGGGCAGUGGGGCCCCAGGGCCUGCCUCCCAGUUCUUGAAGGUCUUGCCGGAUGGGAAAACCCUGCAGCCUCCCAGAGAUUUGUUGGCUGCUGUCGGGACCUCAAAAGAAAGAUCAUGUCACAUCACAGCUAGAAGCACAAGAAGCAGCUCUUUGAAAACUCCUGUACCUUAUGCAACAAAACCAUCACUUCCCCUCAACCAGAGCCUGGAGAAUGUUACUGCCAAAGACCAAAGACAAGUAAACCAUAGACAUCACAGUGGCUUGUUGAAACAGCAGUCCGGAAUACAAGCAGAAAGUGUGCCAGAUCACAAAGCAGAACUAGGUGUGAGCACCCGGUCCCCUACUUCCUGUGUAGCUUCGGCCAAAUUUGUCCCUCAGAUUAGUGAGCACUUAACUACCUCUGUUAAUUUAGAUGUCUCUGUCAGACAGAAGGUUCAAGGUGAACAUGUACAAGACGCUAGGAUGCAGACAACUGAGGAUGUGGUAGAGGAUGCAGAAAGAGUUACCCUACGAGAAAAGUCCCCUUCUGGCCAACAAACACCACAACCUUUGCGGCAUCAGUCCUACAUUUUAGCUGUAAAUGAUCCAGAGCCUGCCUCUGACUCAACUUGUUGGUUACCCAAUGAUGCCCGCCGAGAGGUCCAUAUAAAAAGAAUAGAAGAACGGAAAGGCUCUGGCUCGAGCCCACCAGGUGAUUCCUUGGCGUCCAUUCCAUUCAUAGUCACUUUAAAACUGGGAGCUGUGAUAUAUUUGGUUUUGCCAAAGGCCGGGUAUUCGGAGACAGUGUCUGCCACCAACCUGAACUUCCCCACACCUCACCUGAAGUCUCCCACACCCACAGCCAUCCCAAAGGAAUUGGAGUGCGGCCACCCGACACACUGCUGA